CGUCGGACACUGGUCGCACUAUCGUUAAUGUAGUGGUUAGAAAUCAAAUCAUCAAAGGACGCUGUUGCCUCCGUUGCCUCCUUAUCUCCAGGAUACCGGCAGCGUUUAAUUCCUGGGAAAAGAAGCACGCUAUCACACUGCCAGACUAAGGAGUAAGAGGAGAAUGGCAAAAGGCUCAUCAGACAAUGGAGCUUUCAUGGACAAGUUCAUCCUAAAAUCAGGCUCUUCAUCAUCUCAACUCCCCUUGAGUGGCCUCACUUUUGCUGUCAAAGACAUAUUUGAUGUUGAUGGAUAUGUGACUGGAUUUGGAAAUCCUGAUUGGGCACGGACUCAUUCUGCUGCAACAUCUACUGCACCUGCUGUUUUGGCUCUUUUAAAGGCUGGUGCCACUUGUGUUGGUAAAACUGUCAUGGAUGAAAUGGCUUACAGCAUAAAUGGUGAAAAUGUACAUUAUGGAACACCAACUAAUACAUGUGCUCCAGAUCGGGUACCUGGAGGAUCCUCUAGCGGAUCUGCAGUUGCAGUUGGUGCAAUGACAGUAGAUUUUUCCUUAGGUACCGACACUGGAGGAAGUGUAAGAGUUCCAGCUUCAUAUUGCGGAAUUUUGGGUUUUCGGCCCUCCCAUGGAAUUGUUUCCACCAAGGGAGUAAUUCCAAUGGCACAGAGUUUCGAUACAGUAGGAUGGUUUGCUAGGGAUCCUGUAAUCUUGAAGCACGUUGGAAGAAUUCUUUUAGAAGUGCAUGAUGCCAGCUCUGUAGCACCCAGUAGUAUUGUUAUUGCAGAGGAUUGCUUCAAGCUCAUGGAUUCUCCAGGAGACCAAUUAACCAGGGUUAUCACACAGUCAGUGGAGAAGUCCUAUGGCCGUCAUUGCAUAAAGUUUGCAAGUCUGGGAGAUUAUGUUGAGGAGAAAGUUCCAAAUUUGAAGCAUUUCUGGAGUACUGGAAACCAAGAAUAUAGUAUAGCCUCCUUAGCAGCGCUUUCAAGUGCCAUGCGGUUGCUUCAGAGAUAUGAAUUCAAGAAAAAUCAUGGUGAAUGGGUCACCACAGCCAAGCCUAAUUUGGGUCCAGGUAUAUCAGAAAGAGUAUGGGAAGCUGUUAGGACAAUGGAUGAACAUAUAGAUGUCUGCCACAGUGUGAAGAGUGAACUAAUUGCUGCACUUACUGCUUUCUUGGAGGAUUUUGGCAUCCUUGCACUCCCUACAGUAGCUGGACCUCCUCCAAAACUUCAACAGGAGGCAAGCUCACUAGAAAUUUUUCGUGCCAAGGCUUUUAGUUUGUUAUCUGUUGCAGGAGUUUCUGGAUUUUGUCAGGUAAGUGUACCUCUAGGGAUGUAUGAAAAUCUUCCUAUUGCAGUUUCAUUGUUGGCAAAGAAAGGUAUGGAUUGGUUAUUACUAAACGUUGUGGAGACUAUGUACACCACCCUUAAGGAGCAGUUUGAAUUGCUGAAUAUUGACUAGCUGAGUUGUAUUUCUCCCUAGAUGCAGAUUUUAAGUUUCACUAUUGUUUCCCUAAACAGCUGAAUACCAAUUAAUGGAGCCUUUUUUCCUGCUGAUU